AUGGCUCCAAGAGACGAAGAUAUUGGUUGGAGUUUUGGGGAACCCGUUGAUGGAAGUAAGCGUAAAAUAAGAUGCAAAUUUUGUCACAAAAUAAUUAAUGGGGGUAUAACAAGAUUAAAGCAACAUUUAGCUCAUAAAACUGGUGAUGUAGCGGCAUGUGAGAAAGUGUCCGUGGAAGUUAAAAGAGACAUGAUGGGGCUUCUAAUGGAGUUUAAAGAUAAAAAAAAGGGAAAAAAUCGAAUGGAUAGAGAAUUUGAAGAAAAUUUAAUCAAAUCAAUGAGUCGUCCAAUCGAUGAUGAUGAGGAGGAAGAUCUUAAAUUGGCAUACGCGAUGCGACAAAUUGGAGUUGGGAGAGGAAGAGGGAGAAACAUACCAAUUGAAGUACCAUCAAAUGCAGCUGCAAGAUUAAGGGCACGUGAAAUUAAAUUGGAAAAGGAUUGUCAAAAGAAAAAACAAACAAAAAUUAACACUUCAUUUAUGAAUAAGGCAAAAAAGUCCAUCAUUAAAGCAUUUGGUAAUUUUAUGAUUGAUACUAAUUUACCAUUUAAGGCAAUCGAGUCCCCUUACACUAAUCCACUGAUGGAUACUAUACGAGAGUGUCCAGAUGUUCGAGCUCCUUCGGCUUAUGAAUUAGCUCGGGUAUAUCUACCAGAAGAAUGUAAAGAGAUGAAGAAUUACAUCAACUCCUUUGAACCGGUGUGGAAUGAAAGAGGUGUAACAAUAAUGUGUGAUGGUUGGUCAGGGCCAACAAACAUGCACAUUAUUAACUUUCUUGUGUACUCGGUUCGUGGCACUGUUUUUCACAAAUCAAUUGAUGCCACAGAUGUGUAUUGUAGAGACACAAACUACUACUAUAGUUUGAUGGAGAAGGUAGUACAAGAGAUAGGGGAAGAGAAAGUUGUUCAAAUAGUGACAGAUAAUGAAGCUUCAGUCAAAGCUGCAGGAAAGAAACUAAUGGACAGAUUCCCACAUUUGUACUGGACAGCUUGUACAGCUCAUUGUUUGGAUCUUCUUUUGGAAGAUAUUGGGAAGAAAAGUUCAAUAAAAUCUGUUAUAGAAAGAGCAAGAAAAGUCUCCCAAUUCAUCUACAAGUAUAAAUGGGCAGUUGAUUAUAUGAAGAAGUUUACUGGGGGUAGAGAUCUGACACGACCAGGAAUCACACGAUUUGCAACGCAAUUCAUAAUGUUGGAAAGUGUUGUGAGACAUAAGACUGCCUUGCAAGAAAUGUUUGAUUCUAGUACUUGGGUGACUUCAAGAUUCGGUCAAAUGAAUGACGCAUUGGCUGUGGAAGUUCGUGAAACGUUGUCUAAACAUCCUUCCACUGAAGUUGCCAAAUUUUGGGAAAAGGCUGAUGAAAUAAUAAAAAUACAAGAGCCCAUCAUAAAAGUAUUGAAGCUUGUUGAUGGAGAUCUAAAACCAACAGUGGGUUUUAUAUAUGAGGCAAUGGAGCGUUGUAAGCUGGCAAUUCAAAAGAAUUGUACAUAUUACAAGAAUUAUUGGAAGAUGAUAGACAAAAGAUGGAAUUGCCAAUUACAUACGGAUUUACAUGCAGCAGGAUGUUUCUUAAACCCUCAAUACAUGUACGGAGAAAAUGACAUUGGAAAUGACCAUGAGUUGUUAGUAGGGAUUUACAUGUAUCGGGAUAAGGCUGAAAGUUUUGGCAAUAGCUCGGCACAAAGGGAAAUACAUCAAAUGGACCCAGCUAUGUGGUGGAUGACGUAUGGAGAUAGCGCACCCGAAUUAAGGAAAAUUGUUGUGAGAGUAUUAAGUCAAACCACAUCAUCAUCAAACUGCGAGAGAAACUGGAGCAUGUGGAGUUUGGUUCAUACUAAAACGAGAAAUCGAUUGAAGUAUGGUAGGCUCCAUCAAAUCGUCUACCUUCGAUACAACAUGAAGUUAAAAUUGAGACAUAUGAGGAGGCAUGGUGCCGAUGAGCUGAAAACCACUUAUGAUCCAAUUAAUUUAGAUUACAUAUUUGAUGUUGACGAUCCUUUAAACGAAUGGUUGGAGGAAUCAAAAGCUCCACUUUUCGAAGGAGAUGAACUCAGUUGGUUAGAUUAUGAUGAUGGUAGAGAAGGUGGCGACGGAGGUGGUGGAAGUCGAACUGGCAACACUGUUCGAUGUUCCUCUAGUCAUCAAAUCUUUGAGCAAAGUCGACAAAGUGCUGGUAACAAUCUGCUUUGA